CGCCGCCGCCGCCGCCGCGGGGAUCGUCAGGCCGGAGCCGCGCGGCCGAGCGGGCGGCAGGCGGCGGGGAGGGCUCGGCGGCGGGAGGCUCGCGGCGGUCGGGCCGGCGGGGUCCGCCCGGGCUGGCAGCGUCCCCCGAGCGGCGGGAGGAGGGAGCGGCGCAGACAAAGAGCGGCGCCUGGGCGGGCGCUGAGCGGCCGCCGCCCCGGGACCCGCGCCGCUGCCCUCCGGCCUCGGUGGGCGGCCCACGGCGAGCUCUGCUCCACUCACUUUCCUCUCCUGUGCUGUGCUCCCCACUAGAGGACUGGAAAGUGAAUUCCAGAUUCCCUAUGUUCCUUUUAUACGAGUGAUUGCCCAGAUCAUAAUUCUCUGCUGAGAUUUGGGUUUUUUUUAAAGAAUUUGGAGAAUCCCUGCAGCUUUGUAACUUCAAGUGUGUCACCAGCUGGCAAUUUCACUUUUCAAGGCAUUCUGCAUUUGCCAGUCAUCUCUUACAACUGAGUGCCAAAGAAGGACUCCAUGAAAGAUGACAGAAGAAGUUAUUGUGAUAGCGAAGUGGGACUACACAGCCCAACAGGACCAGGAGCUGGACAUCAAGAAGAACGAGCGCCUAUGGCUGCUGGACGACUCCAAGACGUGGUGGCGGGUGAGGAACGCGGCCAACCGGACGGGCUACGUGCCGUCCAACUACGUGGAGAGGAAGAACAGCCUGAAGAAGGGCUCCCUGGUGAAGAACCUGAAGGACACGCUAGGCCUCGGCAAGACCAAGAGGAAGACGAGCGCGCGGGACGCAUCCCCGACGCCCAGCACGGAUGCCGAGUACCCUGCCAAUGGGGGCGGCGCCGACCGCAUCUAUGACCUCAACAUCCCGGCCUUUGUCAAGUUCGCCUAUGUGGCGGAACGGGAGGACGAGCUGUCCCUGGUGAAGGGGUCGCGCGUCACCGUCAUGGAGAAGUGCAGCGAUGGCUGGUGGCGAGGCAGCUACAAUGGGCAGAUUGGCUGGUUUCCCUCUAACUAUGUCCUAGAGGAGAUGGAUGAAGCGGCUGCCGAGUCUCCCAGCUUCCUGAGCCUGCGGAAAGGUGCCUCCAUGAGCAACGGCCAGGGCGCCCGGGUCCUGCAUGUGGUGCAGACACUGUACCCCUUCAGCUCGGUCACCGAGGAGGAGCUCAAUUUUGAGAAGGGGGAGACCAUGGAGGUGAUUGAGAAGCCCGAGAACGACCCUGAGUGGUGGAAGUGCAAAAACGCCCGGGGGCAGGUCGGCCUGGUCCCCAAAAACUACGUAGUGGUCCUAAGCGACGGGCCUGCCCUACAUCCCUCGCACGCGCCGCAGAUAAGCUACGCGGGCCCUGCGUGCAGCGGGCGCUUCGCGGGCCGAGAGUGGUACUACGGGAACGUGACACGGCACCAGGCCGAGUGCGCCCUCAACGAGCGGGGCGUCGAGGGCGACUUCCUCAUUAGGGACAGCGAGUCUUCGCCCAGUGACUUCUCCGUGUCUCUGAAAGCGUCAGGGAAGAACAAACAUUUCAAGGUGCAGCUCGUGGACAAUGUCUACUGCAUCGGGCAGCGGCGGUUUCACACCAUGGACGAGUUGGUGGAACACUACAAAAAGGCGCCCAUCUUCACCAGUGAGCACGGGGAGAAGCUCUACCUCGUCCGAGCGCUGCAGUGACGCCCACAGCCCCUGCCACCUCCAGGCCCUUGGUGCCACACUCACCUCCCCGGAGCCGGGCGCGUCGCCCCCGGAAGAGGCCGCGCUCACGGGCCCUCCUGCAGCGGGCUCCGCUCUGUCCGGUGGUUCAUUGGUCCUUGGCUUCCUUGGCCUCGUUUACCUUUGCGUGCAGGUCGGUCUGUUUUUCCGCUCGCCUCCCCUCUGCCAGGCCAGGCCGUGGUACCCACUUGCCGGCCUGCCCUCCUCCGGCCAGGUUUCAAACGGGAGGUGCAAGAGGGGGCUGUUCGAUCACAACACUCCUGCUCAACUGAAAACAGCCUUAGUCUGUUCAGAUGGUUCGCGCUAACAGAAGCCCUCCUUAAGCAGACAUCAGGCACGGUUUGAACGCACUGAAGCUGCCGUUAAGUGAACUACAGUACAACUCAGAAAGCAGGGCGGGGGCUCCUGCAGAGGGCCCUGGCCCUGGGCCUGGCAGCCGUGCCUCCAUGCCCUUUGCCCUCGCGUGGCUCCCAGACUGUCCAGGGAGUGGACACGCCUUGCUGGUAGCAAUACCAGAACCACCAGAUGAGAGAGUAGUGAGGAAAGUCCAGUGCCUUCGGGGCUAUGCUUGCAAUAAAAGAAUUUCCUUGAAAGUCAGUCUGCAGAAGCCAGAC